CAAAUAAAAACAAAGAAGAAGGAGAAAUAAUAAUCCCUAAUUACAUGUAAGUCAACACACUGAUCUUGUUCCCUCCUCCUCAUCCGAUGGUGGAGGACGGCGCCGGACGAGGAGGCGCAGGCGAAGGGUCGGCAGCGGCCCAAGUGGGAACCAAGCCGCCGCGCCCCUCCAUCACGCUCCCCGCCCGGUCUUCCCUGGAGAACCUCUUCCGCAGCGGCGCCGGGAGCGGCAGCGGCGCCGGCCCCUCAGAGGCCAGCCCCGGCCCGUUGACUCUCGUGUCCAGUUUCUUCGCCGAGGACCCCGAGUCGGAGAGCCACUCCUUCACUCAGCUCCUGGUCAGAGCCAUGAAUUCUCCCGCGGAUGGAACGACGAAGGAGGAGGACAGGGGGGAUUUGGAUGGAGGCGGAGUCGUGCGGCUAGGGCAGGAACCUCCUGAGAGCCUGUCGGUGGGCCAGCAUCAGGUGCUUUCGAUUCCCCCAGGACUAAGGCCUGCGAGCUUGUUUGAUUCUCCGGGCUUCUUUUCUUCCCGCCAGGCCUCCAAUUCUCAAUCAAAGAUGUUGCAACAGACAGAAUAUCUGCCCACAUCAAUGACGACUUCAUCGGCUCAGGAACAAGGCCAGGAGUUUGUUACUCUAAAGUCACAUAAUAUCGCCAUUCAAUCUGCUGAAGGCUCUCAUUCUGAUCAAUGGUCCCGGCCUAAUUCUAUCACAGUUGAUAAGCCUGUUGAAGAUGGCUACAAUUGGCGAAAAUAUGGCCAGAAGAUGGUAAGAGGCAGUGAAUAUCCUAGAAGUUACUAUAAAUGCAGCCAUUUGAAUUGUCCAGUCAAGAAAAAAAUAGAGCAUUCUGUGGAUGGUCAAGUUACUGAGAUUGUUUAUAAAGGACAGCAUAAUCAUCAGCGCCCAGCACCAAAUAAGCGUUCCGGCAGUGGUGGGAGUUUCUCCACUGGAUCAAAUCAAAUCACUGAUAGUCUUAACAAUCCUGCUACACCUGAAUUAAGUUUUCAUGAUCAUCAAGCAAACAUCAGGAUAUCGAACAAGAUAUCUGCUGUUAUGUCAGCUCCUAAAAGGGACCGAGAAUCUGAUUAUGAGACACCUGAUCAAUUAUCCGUAUAUGGUGAAGAUGAAGAAUCAUCUGAAGUUAAUGGCAAUGUAAGGGACAACAACAAUAGUGAUGCUAAAAGACUGAAUGUGUCUGAUUCUAUUCAAAAACCGACAUCAGAAUCUAGGAUCAUUGUGCAAACAACAAGUGAGGUUGAUCUUUUGGAUGAUGGUUACCGGUGGCGCAAGUAUGGACAAAAAGUUGUAAAAGGAAAUCCCCAUCCAAGAAGCUAUUACAAGUGCACCUUCACAGGAUGCAAUGUUAGGAAACAUAUCGAGCGAGCUGCUAUAGACCCCAAAGCUGUCAUAACAACAUACGAGGGUAAACAUAACCAUGAUCUACCAGCUUCAAGGAACAGCAGCCAUAGCAUGGCUGGCACUGGUCAAAGAUGAACAUGAAACCAAAUAAGCCCAUUCCAAUUCACUCAAAGUUCCGUAUCGAAGCUGGAUCAGAAUAACAAAGACACCGUUGGUUGCUACUCUUCUGUUGUUCUCUUUUUAUUCAUAAUCACAGUUAAUUUACAUACUUAGUUGGGCACCUUUGGAGGUGUUUGACGAUAUCAGUUUUACUAAAUCUUCCUCUGCUUCACAGAUACCACACUGUUAAACUGGCUAUAGAAAUGUUUGUAUCUUAUAUUUUUGCACCAGAAAAUUGAUUAUAGUUACUUGAACAUAUACUUUCAGAGUUUAUGUAUAGCAAUUAAUGAAACACUGACCUGUUGAGAGUGAUUAUGUCUAUGUUCAAUUGGAUUCCUUUUCAUUGUCUAAA